AAUACCCGUCAUUUCGCUAAGUAAUGCUCUAAUCAGAUGGUUAGUGAAGGUUCCUACCAACAUACGUGUCACACAAUGAAAGCGGUUAGAGAGAUCUAGACUUAUUCUUUUCUUUAAGUAAUUUUUAAUCCCACUUACAGUGUACUUACUCGUUCAGGCUUCAGUACUCUAACUUACUCAUCAUAGAAGUAGUCUAUUCGUGAGUACAUAAAUCAUUCAAGAUGCACAUAGGAAAGACAGACGGGAAGCACCCCGGAAAAAAAAUAAUUGAAGCCCAUGGACUCGCUUGCAUCUCCAAAAAACACUUCACCACCGACACUGGCGAUAGGUUUUCACUUCGACUAGUCGCCACAGACCCAUUAGCACCAGAAAAAGCUUCGAAAGCUAUUGAAUCCCUGCUGAAAGCAAACUUUGUUUCGCGUAUCGAUGAGAAUGGGUUUCAGAUAUUUAUAGGUCCCAGCUUCGAAGUCAUCAAAUUUGUCCCUAGAAUGUGUCAAACGAACCUAAAAUCCCUGAAUAAGCUCAACUCGGACGAAUGCAGAAACUCUCAUACUGGGAAUAGUCAACGCGUCGAUGAUUGCACUGCUUCGGGGAAAAUUCAUGAAGUUGUAUCGAGACUUCAAGGUCGCGGAGGCCAAGAUUCAUGGCCGAACAAGGAUAAGUUGAAAUGCGAUGAUAAUAAAAGAAAACAAAUGGCAGCAGCAAACGAGUCCGCAAAACCGUACGGGAGCGGCUGCCCAACAAAAUCUGCUGCAUCGGAUUGUACGAAAAAUGACAAACUUUUAUCAAGCGGAGCCCAAGCAGUUGGCGCAGAAUCUGAUAAGUUCAAGAACGCAGUAACCCAAGGUAUCUGCGCGAAUGACGGCGAGGAAUUCAAUCGAGGAUUACAGAGAGAGAAUCUGAAGGAAUGCGCGAAAGAAGGUGGAAAAUUGGCAAAAACUCCGAAACGUGACGAAGAUGAAAAACAAGUAGGCAAAGCGGGCAAAAAGGUAUGCAAGGGUGACAGUGGCAAUGAUAAUAAGCUCAAGGGUGACAAUGGCAAUGAUAAGCUCAAGGGUGACAAAGGCAAUGGUAACAAGCGCAAGGGUGAAAAUGGCAAUGGUAACAAGCGCAAGGGUGAAAAUGGCAACACGCGCAAGGGUGACGGGGAGCACGGCGAAGAUGGGAACAAGAAGGGCAAUUGGGGAAACAAAAAGGGUCGACAAGGGCCCAAGGGUAAAGGAAUCGCAGAAACAUCGAACGACGACGACGAUUCUGGGAGAGAUUUAUUUUCGUUCGAGUGCGACGCAUCUGAGGACAACGAAAAAAUGAAAAAACCCUAUUGCGAUCGCCCGAUCGCGUCUGUGCUCAAGGGUCGCAAUUUUAAAAUGCGAGAGACCUUUCACCAAUACGCUGAAGAAAACCUCACCGGAGCUUAUUGCCAGCCUGACUACAAAGAACCGAUACAAUGUUAUUCCAAGAGAGAGAGAAAAGAACGACUUUGUCCAGUAGAAGAGGAGGAAGCAGAGGCAGAGGAGGAACAUAGUUUGGAUGAAGCAGAUGAAUAUGGAGAGAGGCCUAAUCCAGAAAUCUGCCAAACGAUUCGAUCUUCAGCAACUGCGAGAGGGGUAGCAACUUUAACGCAGAGGGACUUGGAAGGGGAUCAGAGGGUGAAAGGCAAGCUUUCAGCGAACAAGGGCAACGCGAAAACACUUAACAUAGCUUUUCUGAUGCGAUACUUCCCGAAGUUUUGUGAAGAACAUCACUUCCUUUCAAUGCUCCUCAACCUACGUCCACUAACAACAUCCCGCCAUGAAGGAAUGGUGAAAGCCUUGGACUUACAAACGAAACUGGACUACUUCUGUAAGACGGAGGCGCAGAGACGAAUAGGUUUCGAAGAUUUCGAGGAAACGCUAAUGGAUCCAAAGGUUCAUCUUGAUUACGUCGACUUGGUCACUGAUCACGAAAUCAAGGACUGGCAGCUGCUCAAACUUCCGCACACUGAAAACCGCGUUGUAAUGCGCGAAGGUGAUCUCAUCGUUGACACUAGGAACACCGCACUGCACUUCUACAUCGACGUUUUCUCUCGCGGAGCCGGUGACAAAUACGUGCGGAACGGCGUGAUGAUAGACAAGUUGAAACAUCGCGUCGACAUUGGUCAAGAUGUCUACCGCGCGCGACCCGGAGCUGCUUUCAUUGAACCGCAAGCGUCGAGUUGCGCUUAGAUGCUUGCUUCAAGAAACUUUCGCUUGUCCAUUUCUCCUUUUGUUCCGUCUGAAAAUGAACGGUAUAUAUUAUAUAUUUCUAUCAAUAAA